AUGCUGAUCAAUCUGAAACAGCUACAACUGCGGUGCUGCCUGCGAACCUCAGACCCCGUUUCUCUAGGCCCAACUGAUUAUUUUCUAGUCCGCGAAUGCCCCGCCCCGCCUAAGGAGAAGACUUGCUACCGCUGCGGUGGCGUUGGUCACCUGUCUCGCGAGUGCCCCCAGGCUGGUGACAGCUACGGUGGCGGCCAGGAGUGCUACAAGUGUGGUCAGGUCGGUCACAUUGCCCGCAACUGCCCCCAGGGCGGCAACUACGGCGGCGGCUACGGCGGCUUCGGACGUCAGCAGACCUGCUACUCGUGCGGCGGCUUCGGCCACAUGGCUCGCGACUGCACCCAGGGCCAGAAGUGCUACAACUGUGGCGAGCUCGGCCACGUUUCGCGCGACUGUCCCACCGAGGCCCGGGGUGAGCGUGUCUGCUACAAGUGCAAGCAGCCCGGCCACGUCCAGGCUGCCUGCCCCAACUAG